CGUUCAAAACGAUGCGUGAUUUCUAAUCAAUGUCAACAGAAUUGAAGGGAAUUCCAGAUUUAUUCAUGAGUAAUUUAACCCAAAUCUAUAGAACGAUCUGCUGUUAAAAAUAUGAGAUUUGUGUUGAAAUCCAUCAAACCACUUUGCAGGAAUCAUUCGCGACAACUGUCAUUUAUUUCUGUAGUAGAGAAACCAUUGCAAUUCACUUGUCAACAUGAGCUUAUUUCAAAACCAUUUACCAAGUCUGAGAGCCUACAAUUUAAAUGUCUCAAAGAUAACUUUAGAUACAGGAUGAAUACAGAUUUUAAUCAAGUAAGAUGUUGCAGUUCAGAUACGUCAUCCAAUGAUCUUCAUAAAAUGUUACCUGCUGAAUUCCAGGAAAAGUUGAAAGACAAAAAGAUAUCCCGCUGUUACAUAAUAAGUGAGGAAGGCAAUGUGAAAUAUUCACAUGAUGAGUUGAAAGAGCUGAUUCCAGAGUCUGAAUUAAAGUCUCUUGACUUUGAACAUGAGGCAAUAUUCUUUUACUCUGGGACAAGGUCAGAUUGUCUGAUGUCUGUGUUUCUGUGGAGGACGGAUAGGGGUCAAGGGGUGGGUGGUGUUGAUUACAGAGCAAUUAGUUCCAUGGCAGAAUUAAUCUUAGAUGGAAAUAAAUUUUCUAAAGGACUUGGUAUAAAGUCUGCCCUCGCAGGAAUGUGGGCAGGUGGAGGUAAAGGAUUUGUAUUAGCUCCUGUAAGCAGACAGUUUGAUCCAGAAUUUAGGAGGAAAGUUUUCUUGGAUUUUGGUGAUUUUCUGACCUCACUCAAUGGCUGCAUGGUUGCUGGUGUUGGUAUUGGAAGCUCAGUACCAGACAUAGAUACCAUGUUCACACAGAGUAGAUAUGUUUCCAAUGUUACACCAUUUUAUGGUGGCUCAGUCAACUCAUCUGUUUACACUGGAUUAGGUGUCGUGAAAGCAAUGGAGGCAGCUAUAGAGUUUUUGGAAAUGGGAUCUUUAGAGGGGAAAACUGUAGCAAUACAGGGUGCAGGGAAUGUUGGUCAAGUAAUUAUAGAUGAGUUGUUAAGGAAGAAUGUUAAACAUAUCUAUGUGACAGAGUGUAACAGUAUGACAAUAUCGGAUGUCAAGGACAUGUUUGCAUCUAAGGCUGAUGGAAGAUUAACAAUAUCAAAAGUAUCAUUUGAAGAUACAAGCAUAUUCCGUACAAAAUGUGAUAUCUUCUCACCAUGUGCUCGUGGAAAAGCAUUUGCAUGGGGCAAAGAUGGUAGCAGUCUCAGAGAGGUGUUGAAUGAUACAACAAUACCAAUGUUAGAUACAAAGAUAAUUUGUGGAGCCAGUAAUCUACCUGUUCAUACAGAUGAGGACCAUAUUGCAAUAAUGGAGAGAAAAAUCACCUAUGUUACUGAUGUUGUGCCAAAUAGAAUGGGAAUUGUGAGUAAGUUGUUGGAACCAUAUGGUAGAAUGGGUGAAGAUCCUGAUCUAGACCGCCAUCUUUCCACCGAGUGGCAGCAUUCAAUUUAUCAAACAACAUUAAGAAUUCUAAAUAUGGCUGCAAAAUUGAAAAUUCAUCCAGAAAAAGCUGCUUACAUUCUUGGCGAGGAACUGAGUAGAGAGAUUCACCCUCUAUACCCGCACCGGACUCAAAGAAUAAUUCAAGGUCUGGUGAAAUCCGGUUGGCACGAGGGGAAAGAUUUUUGGAACACUCGUUGGGGGUUUAAUGGGGACCAGUUGGUUUAGAAUAUUGCUCAAUAAAGUGAUCUGUGAGAGUUAAUAGUUUACUGGUAGGAAGGAAGUAGUAAAUAUCUGUCAAGAAUCUCAGUUGUAUGGCGUCUAUUUUUUUCCAUU